ACAUGGGUUACUCAAGCAAGCAGGUCAUUACAAAAUUAAAACCUAUUUAUGCUAGACAUGGUAUUCCUAAAAUGUUUGUUUUAGACAAUGGCCCUCCUUAUAAUACAAAAGAAUUUAAUCAGUUUUGUAAUUAUUGGUCUAUUGAACACAUAACAUCGAGCCCUCAUCUAAUGGCAUGGCAGAGCGUUCCAUUCAAAUUAUAAAAAAAUUAUUGAUAAAAUGUAAGAAAACAAAUUCAGAUUGUUAUACAGCGUUAUUGCAUUACAGAACAACUCCUAAAGGUCCUUCUCAAUUCUUGAUAUCGCGUCAUUUAAGAACAAAAUUACAAACUAUAGAUUUAGAACCAAAAGUUGUAAAUAAUGAAAGUACAAAAUUCAAGUUGAGCAAAAUAUAAAGAAAAUAUCUGAAAAUUUUAACAAGAAGGCAGUCAAAUUACAACCUAUUUUUCCAGGAGAAGAAGUGAUGCUCAAGCCUAUUUGUCCAGCUGAACAAGCUCAAACCUACACUACUUUCAAUUUGGUAUCCUGCAACAGUUGCAGAAAAAUGUAAAGAACCAAGGUCAUUUUUCGUAGAAGACAAUGAUAGAGUAAUUUAUCGAAAAAAUAUAGAACAUUUAAUGAAAAGACAAAGCGUUUUAGACAAAAUAGAUGAAGAACGAGAGACUGUAAGUCCAAAUCAAAGGGGAAGAAACGUGGUGCGGGUUUACGUUCCUAAUAGAGUGGUGCCCUUUUUAUAUGGGGAUCGAUUUAUUCCCCGCCGUUAUAGUUUAAAAAAUAUUGAACAGAACGAAAAGUUUAACAAAGUCACCAACAAAGACGUCUUUAAAACCAUGCUGGCGUUUAACUGUUGGAAUCAAAACUCUUUUCUCUUCACUGUUAACAAGGAGCUUGAAGUGCGCCAGCGAAGAAUACUAGAGUUGUCUGAUCCAUACGUUAAAAAUUGCUGUAUGUUAUUGAACGAUGUUAUAUCAAUACACUCCAACCGAAAAGAUCGCGAUGAAUUUAAAGAAUUUGAUUGGACUUGCAAGCCACGUUUGAAACCAAUGACAUUUUCAGAGUCAACACAUGAUUUACCUGGUUUUGAUAUCAAUUGUGAUGCGAAUCUUGUAGAUUGGUCGAUUAAUGGCCAAAUAGUUGCGGUGUUCGAUAAUGAUGUGAUCUUCUGGAAACGUAAGGAGAAUACAUGCACUUUAUACAAGGUGAAAGAAGCAUGUGCUGUUGCAUAUUGCCCGAAUGGUGAUUAUUUAGCAGUAGGCUGUAAGAUAGGUAAAAAUCCAGCCAUAGAAUUAUGGGACGUUGCAUGUCCUAAGCGAUUUAUGAUCACAAAUGGAAAAGUUUUUAAUAUAAAACAUCAAAAAGUUCGUUGUAUUGAAUGGAGUAAAUCUGGCGGUCAUCUUGUGUGUGGGACGCAGCAUGGAACUGUAUACGUUUUGUCAGUACCUGAAAUGAAAGUAAUACACAAACAAAAUAGACAUAAGCUCCCUAUAAUAGAGAUAAAGUUUUCACCGACAAUGCGCUAUUUGGCGAGUAGCGAUGCGGAUGGUAAUAUAAUUAUUUACAACUGGAACUCAUGUGAUGUGCAUUUAUAUGUCCGUACUAAACGUAAAAUUAGCGUAGUGUUUGACUGGCAUCCAUGGAAUGAUACAGACUUGAUAUUUGCGGAGGAGGUUCCAGCUUCCAUCGCGUUACUUCAUGUUCCAAGCAAAGAAAUAAUUGCCUACUACCAAAGGAACGACAACAAAAUUGUGAUUAAUUCAGUUACUUUCAGUACGAUUACUGGUGAGCUGCUUGUAAGCAUAGCCAAGCAAGAUUCUGACGGCUGUCAUGACUACCAGAUUCUUGUUAUGUCUUCAUUGGAUCGCUUAGUUGAUGUAAUAAGAAUUCCGGAAAAUGGAGCCCGCUUUGUAAUGUGGUCUCCGGAUGGUUCUCGACUUGCGACAUGUGGUGACGAUGAAACUUUGACGAUUUGGAACUUUUGUCCUGAUUAUAAACAUAAGCUAGAAUGUAAGAAAUAUAAUUACAAAUGGUCAUCUAAAAGAAAAUACAAAUAUGAGAACGAGUAUGGAGACCUAUUCAAAAUGUGGUCAUGUGUGAAAUGAGUACAUACAAUGUAAUUGUAAUAUAAGAAAUUGAUAUAUAAUAUUACUGUUUAUAUUUUUUAGUUCGUAGCUAUAU